AUUGUACGCGAAUCACAAGCUGCCCGUUGUUGGCAUACACGCAGGAAAGAUAGAGCACACAGAAAGCGGGGUGGCUCUCCUCGGCUGACACACACACGGCAGCGAACGACAGGCCCACCGCCAGCACAGGAUUACCAAAGUCGCACCUGAUGGGGCCCCAGGCCUUACAAUGAGGAAGCAUGAGUGAAGGCGCUAGUCAGGGCGCCGAGACUUUGGCACCGCACGGGGGCUUCUUCCAAGGGUCCUUCAAGGACGAGUUCGACGGCGGCGGCGGAGUGUCGGACGUGUCGGUGGACACGGCCAGAUCGGGCCUGCCGCCGUUCAGCUCGCUCGGCGUCGAGAACGGACCGUCCAGGAUGGAGGGCUUCACCGAGAACGGCCGCUACCUGGACCUCAACGCGUGGGACUACUACAGCGAAGGUCUGUCCGGCCGGCUGCUGGAACGCAACCAGAUCACGGGCGAGGCCAUCAUCACGCCCUCGGUGCUGCACAUGCACGCGUCCCAGCCGCAGUACCGACCCUGGGAGAGCAAGUCCGGCGGCGGCGCCGACCCUGAGAUGCUCAAGCUCCACCCGGCGGGCAUCCCGCCGUUUACAGAUGCCUUCGGCGGCUCCAAGCUGCCGUCCUUCCAGUCUCAGUUCACAACAGGGGCCUUCGCCGAACCGGUGACCAACAACGGCGCCACCGUCGCCGCCGCCACCAUGCCUCCGAGCGAAGCGGCGCCCGGCAUGCCGAACUUCCACACGCUGACGACGGCGACGACGCUGGUGGCGGCGCCGCCACGCGGCUACCCGCUUGUGCCGGCGCCCGUCCAGGCGCGGGAGAUCCCGCAGAUCCAGCAGCAGAUCCUGGACGAACGCCACAUCCAGCUAUUCCACAGCCAGCCGCCAGGUUUUCCGCCAAAUCAGUUCCCGCCGGGGCCGCCGCACCACCACGUGGCGCCACCUCACCCUCACCACAUUCCCGCCGCGUACCACCUGAAGCCGGCCGACGAGAUGAAGCACUUCCCGCCCAUGGACAAGGUGAUGGCCCCCGUGGGCCCUGAGCACUUGGCCAUGGGGCAGCUCAAGUUCCCGGGCAUGCAGAGUAGCGGCUCCUCGGAGGGGAUGCCACAGGCGAGGAUGGACUCGAGGAAGAAAGAGCGACGGAAAGCGCGGGUGUCCUCGCUGGACAGCUCGGCGGACAGUGACAUUGCCAACGCCGAGGGCUCGGGACAGGUGGCCGCCGUCUCGAGCACUGGCUCCAGCGUGGACAUGGACGACGGCUUCCGGCGGCCGCAGCAGGCCUCCUCCUCGGACAACGAGAUGGGUGGCCCUGACAAGCCGGUCAAGAAAAAACGCAAGCGUUGUGGUGAAUGCAUGGGAUGCCAACGUAAAGACAAUUGCGGCGAGUGCGCGCCCUGCAGAAACGAGAAGAGUCACCAGAUCUGCAAGCAGCGGCGAUGCGAAAAGCUCACCGAGAAGAAGGGGCUCUUUGGUGGUUUCACCAAAUCCAGAAGCGAGAGCAAACGCGGCAAGGGCGGACGUGGUCGUGGUGCUGGUUAUCGCAACAGAGGUGGAAGAGGAGGAUCUUCUAGCAACAAUCAGCAGCAGCAACAGCAACAAUCUUCCAGUUCAAAUUCAGCCAAUGCAGCACAUGACAACAUGAUGGCCGGAAUCAAUUCUGCAGCUACUGGAGGAGAAACUUCAAACAAGAUGGACAGUCGCUCUCGCCCAAGUGUCGGACCCACCGCAGGCUCCGGGGCACCACCAGGCCAGACGGCACCACCAAUGGUGCCUGGUGUGAUGCCAACCUUUUACGGCAACCCUCCCGCCGACCCAGGAUUCCUUCCUGGCAGAGAUCGCUUCCCCACUCCAAUGUGGCCACAGCAACAGCCCGGGGCCGAAAGUGCCCCUGGUUGGGGCUCCCCGCACUUCCAGCCCACCCCUCAAAUGCAGCCGCACAUGGAAUUCCAGCAGCCCGGACUCUACCAGGGCUACCAGCCUGGAGGCUACGCACCACCCUUCGAAUACCCGCAGGAUCAGAGAACUGGCUACGGAGUGCAGCAGCAACAGCAACAACAGCAGCAGUUUGCGCCGCGGCCCCCCAGCUCCCCAGCCCGUUUUCCCCAGCAAACCCACACACCCCAACCGUCGCCCAACAACCCCACGGUUAAUGGCGGCAUCAACGGCCGGCAGUUGAACAACGGCCAGUACCUGGAAGGCUCCCCAAGCAGUGCUGGCAGCGGACCCUACGUCAACGGCUCCGCCUACCAGCAAGAGGGAGCUCCCAGCGCUUCUCCUGCCCCUCCGGGCAGGAACAGCAGCGCCGGCAGCGUGUACGAAGAAGGCCAGCAGGCCACCAAGGCCAAUGGUCCGGGCAACAAUAACACCUUCUCAGCCACCACCCAAAACGCGCCGACCGGUCACCCAAACGAGCAUCCUGGGUAUCCACUUCACCUUCCCCAGCUGAGUUCACAGAACUCUAGUGGAUACUCAGGCUCCAACAACUCGGUACCUGGGGAACAGCAGCCUCGCCAACAACAGCAGACCAACAACAACUGGUCCCGAGGCGGCACUUCUUCGACACCUAGCAGUGAGCAGAAUAGGAACAGCAGCAGUUGGGCCAGCAGAGAGUCCCAGCAGCCGGAACGAACCCCUCCUCCACCUUCGGACAGAGGAGGGACGCAGAGUAGGCCCAUGUAUCAGAAUGGCAGUGCUGAAGAGGAGAGCAAAAUGAAGAAGCACUACUUCAACCAGCAGCAGCACUACCACCACCAGUACAGCAUGGAAAACUUCGGCCGGGAAAACGGCCAACCACCUCCAGAAACAGGGCCUAAUUUUUUAGUCCAAGGCCACCCUCAGACUUCACUGUCUGAGGGUGGUCAGUUUUGGGAUUGGGCAGAGGGAGCACGCAUGCAGCAUUUCGGCCAGGAGCUGCCGAACGACGUGAAGGACUUCAUCUCGAACAGACAGAAACAGAGUUGGAGUGAUGAUGAGCAGCGCAACUUCAAGAAGCCACCGGCGGAAAAAACCUCCGAGAAGCCGAUUGAAGCUGCCGCACCGCAAUUGCAAUUUUCAGAAUUCUACGGCAAAGAUCAAAAUGUCACAAUUAAGCAGGAGAGUAGCGCAUACGCCUUCAGCGAAAAUAGCCAAGAACAAAUUCCUGUCGAGGAGCAGAAGGAGGUGAAAAAGGAGCGGAUGGACGUUGCCGCUUACCUGGACCAGCAGAAGGCGGCCGAGAGGAACAGGAGGUGGUCACCAACGCCUCCGCCAGUGCCCCAGCCGCCUCCAGAAGAUUAUAAGACCAGCAUCUCGUCCAAAGAAUACCAAGAACACAUGGAGAGACUAAAAAACAACAUCAAGGCAGAGGUUCCUGACUGCAGUUGCUUCCCGCCUGACAAAUCAAGUCCACCAGAGCCUGGUUCAUUUUAUACUCAUUUGGGAACGGCAGCCAGCCUAGCAGACUUGAGGAAAGAUAUGGAGACAAGAAUCGGCAUCGAAGGCAAAGAGUUAAGAAUAGAGAAGGUUUGCUACACUGGCAAAGAGGGCAAAACUCAACAAGGAUGUCCUCUAGCUAAGUGGGUGAUUAGGAGAAGUAGUCUAGAAGAAAAAGUCUUAGCAGUUGUCAAGCACAGGCAGGGCCACAAGUGUCCAACUGCUUGGAUUGUUAUCUGCAUAGUGGCGUGGGAUGGCGUCCCCUCGAACGAGGCUGGCCGACUGUACAACCUUCUUGUGGAAAAACUCAAUCGCUUUGGACUUCCAACCACAAGACGAUGUGCCACAAACGAGCCCAGAACAUGUGCCUGCCAAGGUCUUGACCCUGACACUUGUGGUGCCUCUUUCUCCUUUGGCUGCUCGUGGAGCAUGUACUACAACGGUUGCAAAUACGCGCGCUCAAAAACUGUGAGAAAAUUCAGACUCUCAGUGAGAACAGAGGAGCAAGAAAUUGAAGAGAGGAUGCACGUUUUGUCCACCUUGAUUGCGCCUUUGUACAAAACCAUUGCACCUGAAGCUUUUGCCAAUCAAACGCAAUUUGAAAGAGACGCCUCUGAGUGCAGACUGGGCUUUAAACCUGGUCGUCCAUUCUCUGGAGUCACUGCCUGCCUUGAUUUCUGUGCCCACAGUCAUCGAGAUCUGCACAACAUGAACAACGGCUGCACAGUGGUGGUUAGUUUAAAUAGGCACAGGAGUUUGAGCAAGCCAGAUGAUGAGCAGUUGCAUGUCUUGCCUCUUUAUGUGAUGGAUGAGACUGACGAGUUUGGCAGCAAAGAAGCCCAACAGGAAAAGGUCAAAUCUGGUGCCAUCGAGAAUUUGACCAAGUUUACCUGUGAGGUUCGAGUGAGGUCAGUCCCGUUGCAGCCAUGUAGAAGGCACGGCAAAAAGAGGAAGGAGGACGAGCCAGAUGCGGUGAUUGGCAAGCUCCACAAAGAGGGUCCCAGAGGCUCAGGGGUGCACAUUGACGUAGGUCUGUUGGACAGCAUGGACGCCGCUCAACUUCAAAAUCCUCAGGUGUCCUCGACUGUGCUCGACAGCCCGGUGUCCAUGUACCAAGGCUGGGGGCAGGAGGGCUACCACGACGCCUACUGGAGCCGUGGUUGGAACGGCGACUGCAAGAAUCCCAACUGGUGGGGCGACCCCCUCAGCGAGAUGAAGGUGGACGCCGACAGCACCACCGGACUGAUGCGCUACGCCGCCCAGUACAGCCCGAGCAACCCUUCGUCCUGUCCUUCGACUCCUCAGUCGGCCGCCAGUGCGAGUCCCUUUGUUUUUCCACCCUCUUGGCAGCAGCAGCAGCAACAACAGGUCUACCAGCAAACGCAGUCCGCCCCUACCACCCCAACAACCCCUGGCCCAAGCAUUUCUUGGCAGAAUGAAAACACGCCAAAGAAAAAUCCUCCUACGCCUUUGGAGGAGGACACUGCGGCUAGAUCCGCCUACGCUCCACCCUCGACGCCUCCUACCCCAACUUUUGCCGCGCCAAACAACCCACCACCCAGUGACAACAGUUGUCUCAAAGGAGAGAGGGCCCAGAGUCAAAGACCACCUAGCACCUCAUGGGACUACUCGUCCCCUCCGAGCACACCUCAAACGCCAGCGUCGCCCUUCAGGGUGCCGAAAGCAAGACCUCCGUCUCGGACGCACAGCAAUACUUCAGCCGCCUCCACCGAGUCAACCCCCACCGGCCCCUCAUACUGCAAAGGCUUCUUGAAACCCUUUCCUCCGAGUGAGACCAAAAGCGGAUCAUCCACCUCCAGCUGGCCGGCCGCAGGAGAUGAUUGGCCUGGGAAGUCCGAGCCAGGGCACUCGGCGUGGCCCGAGGCCCACAACAACCAAAGUUAUCCCUCUGGUUACGGAGCAGGACCCAGCACUGCCAACCCUUUUGCCGCCCUCAACAACUACAGCUACGGAAACUCGUUCAUGUCCGGGUGCAACCUUGGCUGGAACGAGCCCAGCUACUACUGCCACCCCCAACAACUCAUGGGGUCCGCGCCUUUCAUGUACCAACAGGGCUACCCAUUCUACGCUCCGCCCCACCACCCCUUCUUUCCGAUGCACGCCGAGCCACCCAUGCCAAGGUCAGAGCCAAUUGGGAAGGUCACUGAAAUCUGUGACAACGAGGAGUGCUUCAAGGACUCGCAGAUGGGUGGGGUGGCGAUAGCCCUGGGCCACGGCUCGGUGUUGUUCGAGUGUGCCAAGCAGGAGCUGCACAGCACCACGGCCCUGCGGCGGCCCAACAGGCUGCGACCUUCGAGGAUUUCCCUGGUCUUCUACCAACACAGGAACCUCAAUCGGGCCAGACACGGCUGGGACGAGUGGGAGGAAAAAAUGCGGCUGCGCAAGUUGGGCAUCACCACCCCGAACGGGGCCAGCGGCGGCUCUAAUCCAGGGCCCAGCAGUGGAGGGGGAAAUUCCGAAGGGGCCCUCAACGCCGGAGAGCUGAUGUUGCUGGAUAGGCCCAAGUCUCUUUCGUCGCAAUACGAAAGGGCGACGACCUGCACCACCAACACUGUGACCACCCUCUUUCCAAUGCACCCCUGCGUGGUAACAGGACCAUAUCAGGAAAACGGUGCUGUUGGAUGAGACGAGCCGAACGCCGGCCCUAGCUUCAAUCCGGCCCCUGGUUAGCGUGAAUUGAGAAAAAAAAUGCGUACUCUCCUGCCAUCUUAUUUUUGACAGUAAGUGUGGCCUUUCUAAAAGCAGAUAUUGAUUUCUAAAGAAAUUAUUUUUCAAACAGAUCGUGACAAAGAAAAGGAGUAAUUUUAUACGAGCAUAUGACAAAACGUACAUACAAAGAGCAAUUUCUUCUUUUUUAAAUCUUUUUUAAAACUAAAGUGCGUACAAUACGUUUUAAUACAAAAGCGAUUUUUAAAAAUGACACAAAAAUACAGACACGGCGGCUUCCCUUGCGUAGAAUUUGGUGCCACUACUUUUUUACUUUGUCUAACUACUAAGAAAACGCCCUUUCGAUGGCAGCUCAUGAUGGUGCAAAUGUGCAUUUUUCUCUAUUAGUAAAUCGUGCAGUGAGUUUGGAUGAACGCAAAGUUUAAUUUUACAAUAAUUGUUUUCUUUUUAAGUAAACAAUUUAAUCAAUACGACGGUGGACCCAGGUUACCAAACCUGUCGAUUAAAAUCAUCAUCGCACCUCUACCCUGCAGUAGACUCAAAGUCCAUUGUGAAUGAUCUCGUUUCACAUUGAUUGCAGACCCCAAAUCCCCCCAAACACACGAUUAUGUCAUAUCAGCAGAGGCUAAAUUCAAAACAGCUGCUCUACUUAUCAUUAUACAAGGAUACUCUGUGUAUACUUUUGAAAAAAGUUGUACACGUCCACCAAUUUGUUUUUUCAAAUUUCCCCCACUGCACAAAUUUUUCCUAUUACAAAAGGAGAAAUUCAGUUCAAAUUCAAGCAGCACAAGAAAAAAAUCAUUUUAAAUUAAUUUCAUCAAUUCUCAUCACGAAAUUUUAUCAACACUCGAGGUUGCAUACUCCUGCAUUUUUUUUUUUUUUUUUUUUUUUUUGAUAAUAUGUAACUAACUAUUUUUGCACUAGUCUGCUGGUAUCAAAUUUGUUGAAUUCUGAUCUCAGUAUAAUAAUGUUCCUUUUGUAAAAGGAAGUUAUCGAGCAUCUCAGCCCCACCUAUUUUACGAGAGGAAACUAACAAAAAAAAAAAAAAAAUUAACAA